CUGGGGCGAAGGACAGGAUCAUGGAGCUGAUAAACAAGCUACAGCCAGGCUCUGUGAGGAAAGUCAACGAGUCCUCACUAAACUCGUCGCAGUUGGAGGAUAUCGGCAACUUCAUUAAAGCCAUCCAGGCUUACGGUCUGAAGUCCCGUGAUAUAUUUGAAGCAAACGACCUUUUUGAGAAUGGCAACAUGACCCAUGUUCAGACUACGCUGGUAGCUCUUCCAGGUCUGGCAAAAAUAAAAGGAUUCCAUACAACCACUGACAUUGUCGUUAAGUAUAUAGAAAAACAAACAAUACGUUUUGAUGAAGAUAUAUGAAAGGCCGACCAAAGUGUAACUGGUUUACGGAUGGGAACCAACAAAUGUGCCAGCCCGGUGGCUAU